CGACCCGAAACACAUUUUGACAGCCUUGUCCACUAAGAGUUCAAGUGGGCCUAUCAAAUCUCAGACUGCACUAUGCAAUAAUGUCAGCCACCUGCCAAGCAAGUGCCAAUUUCCUCGCCUUCAACGAUGAAGAUAUAAAAGCAAUCCGCAAUAACACAACGACAAAGAAAGUACUGGAGAGAGACAUCGACAUCAGGUUGGACUGCGAGGUCCUACUUGAAACCACACAAUUUCGGAAUGGGACACUUCAAGUCAAGAACUGGCGGACAGGCGCCACGGUUCUGUGUGGAGAAUGCGAUUUCUGUACAUUGCUUCUUGAUGGAUUGCAGAGAGAGUUCAGCUCAACGACUUGUGAGUGGGGAGUUGAGAGGAUAUUAGGAAAGGAGGGAGAGAAAAUAUGGUUCCAGUUGAACAAAGUCGAAUUCGGAAGACUACCGAGUUCGUUCUUGAAUGGCUGGGAGAAUUUGGAGUCGAGAGGAGUUUCGGUAUUGAUAUUUCGUGGAUGGGGAACAUGUCUUGGCGAAAGCUCGAAUAUGGCCCGUUUUGAUGUCGAGGUUACCUUUGAAUUCUUCACGGAUAGGGUCGAUCCAUUUAUUGAGCUGCUCAAUAUUUACCGGAGGUCGCUGGAGUCGACACCACUUUCGGAAUCGAACGUGGCGAAGAUCAAGAACUGGAUCAACGACUGCGAUGAGAAUCAUCAGAACUGCUGGUCUGACGAUUCAACGUCGAACGAGGAUAGCAUGCCAUAUUUCCUACCAACCAGACUCCUCUCAAUCGGUAAAGAGGGAGGGAAUGUCAGAUUGGUGCCCACAAGCUUCCUCAAAGCAGAUCCCAAGACUGCAGAAAAGAUCAGCUAUGUAGCUCUAAGCUAUUGCUGGGGCUCAGCCGAGACUGCUGGCGGUAGCCUGCUCAUGACAACCCAUCAGACGAUGAAAUCCAGACUCCAAAGGAUCGAGAUUAAUACCAUGCCCCAGGCCUUCAAAGAUGCAAUCACAGUUGCGCACAAGCUCCGAAUUCAGUAUCUCUGGAUAGAUAGUCUGUGUAUCAUCCAAGAUGAUCCUCCAGACUGGCAGAAAGAGUCCAGUAACAUGGCAGAGAUCUUCAGCAAUGCGUAUUUGACGAUAGCAGCUGCGCAAGGAUCGUCAUGCAAUGACACUUUCUUAUCAAGGGAACUUCUUCAGGUCGAGAUCCCUUUUCAAAUAAGAUCAGACGAAUUCGAGGAGAAGGAUUGUGUGCUCGGCCUGCGAUUCCGUCGUCCAAACACCGACAAAAUGUCUGAGAUAAACCAAAGUCGAUGGGUGACGAGAGGUUGGACCUUUCAAGAAGAUUGUUUAGCAAGACGUGUAUUGAUAUUUGGUGAGAAGAAGCUGCUGUUCAGCUGUCGAACGGUAGAGAGGGUGGAGGAUAUAGAUGCGCAGAAGACGCGACCCCACUGGGUUGACAAUGUGCUCGACACGUCAACAGGAAGGAAUACCGCUAGUACGAAGAGAUCUGAGUAUGAUCAUUGGAGGGAUCUUUGUCGUCACUAUACUCGUCGUUUCUUGACCUGCCCUGAAGACAAGCUACCUGCAAUUUCGGGAAUGGCGAGUCUCAUGGCGAAGCGACGAGAAGCGGAAUAUCUGGCUGGGCUGUGGAAGUCGGAUCUCGAGCACGAUCUAUUUUGGUAUCCAACAAGAUCUGUGGAGAGUGUGCGAAUAUAUCGUGCACCUUCGUGGUCGUGGGCUUCUUUGGAUGGUGCUCUUGCGUGGUUUGACAGUCGAACUUGUAGCCAGAACAGCUGUCAAAUGCAUUGCACGAUCCUCGAUGUCGGGACGAUACCGCUUGGUCUAGAUCCUUUAGGUGCUGUUUCCGACGGAUUCUUGAAGGUCUCCGGUCGGUUACUGAAAAUAGACGUGGCGUGGACGGAUGAUCCGAAUAAGUAUCGGUGGCGACUGGAUUUUGCUGGUAAAGAGGUCGCUAGAGCUAUUCCGGACGAUCCUACUAGGAGUGAUCAGUCCAAAAUUAUCAGAAGGCAGAGCUUUUGGGCAUUGCUUUUUGCUACCUGCCAAGGGGACAAACAACGACCUCGUGGGAUUCUACUCAAAGAGACUGGUCGACAGCGCGAGAAUUGGGACGAGUUCCAACGAGUCGGUAUUUUCAAAGUCUUGUAUGGUCCAGCGUCAAAUGAAAGAACUGCUAUCGAUGCUUGGUUGAGAAUGGAAGAAAGAACAAUUAUCAUUGUUUGACAUCUAGGUUCUACAGAGGAUUACUUGGCAUCGAGUCGUGGGGUACUGUGAUGUUUCAGCCAAUAACUUGGAAUGCGGGGCUGCAGGGGUGCGCGCGGCUCGGCCCGUCGCGGCAGCUCCAAUGACCCACAAAUUCUGGACAUCCAACCUCAAUAACCACCAAAACGCUCAGCUUUGAGCGAUACAAAUCUGGGAUAUCAUGUACUUGGGAAAAAACUGGAGGUGUAAUUAUUGAAGUAUUCAGCAAGCUGUAGAAGUUGCGAUCAAUGCAAGUCAAGAUAUUGUCAAGUGUCAUGAUGCAAUUUUGGCGAAGCAGAUACGCGCGCGCGCGGCGCGCAAGUCUCUAAGUGUUUCAGUAAAGCCGCACGGCAACGAAUAGAUACUGUAGAG